UACUAUUGGGAAACCAACAACUCCACCACCCAACCCAAUCUUCAAUGUGCGAUCGGUGGAAUUAAAUUAUAUAAUAAUUAUUAAUAAUUAUUUUGAAACCUUCUAGUUGCCUUGAGACCCGGUGAGAAAAUACCAUUUUCGAAAAGUCCCACUCCUCACACUGCUCAAGGCCCUUGAAACCGGCGAGAUUUUUGCUUUCAUUUGAACUAGUGUAGAGCCCGACACGUUGGUCGAGUAGCGUUCCCACAUCAUUACGUCAAUUGCUGGUAGUUGUCUCUUUUACCAACCCCCCCUCCCCCAACCCUACCCCGUCCUCUCACUUACUGAAUCUAUUUUAUUUCAUUUUCUUAAGCCGCUAGAAAGAACAAGCAUAUUCAAUGGUCAAAUUAGAGAGUUGGAGCAACAAUAAAGAAUCACAUCAACAAUUUUCUUCACAUCCCACAUACAAAAUAUAUUGAAAACAAUGAGUGAAAUCUCAUAGCUCAAGGCAAAGGUCUAAAGUCUGGUCUAUGAGCUUUUAAGCCCAGUCUAGGUGGUCCAUGAUUAAAUAUCGACUCCAAUUGCAAAUAACCAAAUUACAGUGGGUGAAUUGCUGAUUAUAAAUUUCUUACCACACUUACUCGGGUAUGUAGACUGCGGGUCACAUGAAUUACUUGGAUUAUAUUUUAUACUAUCGAAUAUUCAUUAUAUUUCCUAAUCACACUACAUUCUAAUCAUCGGCCAACUGCAAGUCUUACCAAACCAAGCGCGACGACAACUGUCACGACCCGAAAUGUCGUGACCGUGUUGAUCGUCUGAAGAACGCUGCCAUCUGGUUGUCUUGCCGUGAGAAGGGUAAAGGAGGCGACAUUAGGGAUAAGGCGUUGUUUGCCUGUGCAUCGCAUCUGGCCGAGUCAGGAUGUGGCUAUGAAAGGGAUCGUUGCAAGAGAAGGCACAACUGGUCGGAGGCUAUUGCCGUCUCCCUGAUGAGCCCAAGGCAGGGCGAAACCAGUUGGCAUGCGUAUGCAGAGAGGCUGGUCUUGAGGAAUGAGUGCACCUCAAGAUGCCGCACGGACUUCGGAAGUCUAUCUCCGUGACAAGUGGUAUCAGAGCCUGGUUAGGCUGAAGAGCCUAGUUCCUCUCUCAGUAUGGCAUAGGUCGUGUAUGGGCCGACCCUAUGCCCGAAUGAGAGGCGGUCCUAGGUGAGCAUAUCAGGCGGUCCGGACGCAGAUUCACAUGUGUUGCGCCGUUGUGGGGGACCUCGACAGGCUGAAGAUGCAGCGGCCGAGAAUGCCGUUCAAACGAGGAACUAACGCUAGCGAGAGCGUAGGGUGAAGGUCGAUUGAGGUACAAACGCUGGGAGUAGCAUAGGGUGAAGGUCGACUGAGGUACUAGCCCAACAGAAGCAAAGAGUAAGGUUGAUGUCGAGGGGCGAAGCGGUAUGUGCGCGGGGCACAACAGGCUAGCGCGAGAACGCGACCGGAGCCUGUCCAUCAGAGGAUGGUAUCGUAUGCGGAUGCCCACAAUUGGUUCGAGAGAGUUGCAAUGCAUGCUGCGGAGAGAAGCAUUCUUCACCAGCACGAGGACGUGCUGCAUUAUGAGUGGUGGAGAAUGUCACGACCCGAAAUGUCGUGACCGUGUUGAUCGUCUGAAAAACGCUGCCAUCUGGUUGUCUUGCCGUGAGAAGGGUAAAGGGGGCGACAUUAGCGAUAAGGCGUUGUCUGCCUGUGCAUCGCAUCUGGCCGAGUCAUGAUGUGGCUAUGAAAGGGAUCGUUGCAAGAGAAGGCACAACUGGUCGGAUGCUAUUGCCGUCUCCCUGAUGAGCCUAAGGCAGGGCGAAACCAGUUGGCAUGCGUAUGCAGAGAGGCUGGUCUUGAGGAAUGAGUGCACCUCAAGACGCCGCACGGAUUUCGGAAGUCUAUGUCCGUGACACAACCCACGGGCUCUUUCCAGGACAAUAAUUGACUAAUUAAUUUUUUAACAAAUAAACAGGUGGCAUUAUAAGAUUGGUCGGGUACUUCACAAAUCCUACGUGGUACUCCUUGUGUAUCCAAUAAUUCCUCACCCGAAUCUAACGCACCCAUCUACCACCUACGUCCAAUUCGAAAAAGAAUGUAAAUGGAUAGCGAAUCACAAUUUUACUAACUCACUAGUAAGGAAGUUGAUCAUUUUCAAACCAAAAUCAACCCAACCCACCCAUUGCCCUCCUCCAUCUAAACUGAGGAUUUUCCCCUUUUAUUUCACAUCUAACUUCUUUCUCUCCACCUUUAUUUCAUACUAGAAUGGGCCCGGCCGGUUGGCCAGGUGAUUUUUUUAUCAUAGUUUGAGUAUGAGGUUGACAAUUCCACUUGGUUUGAACAUUAAUCAGGGCCGGCCAAGAGGGUGUGAUGGCCCGCCCUCCGGCACAGAGCCUCAGAAUAUUAGGGACCUCUACUUAGAUUCGUUAGUUACCGAUCGUAUAUUGUAGGUUGUAUUUUUAGUGUAUGAUUGAUUGAUUGAUUAUGAGUAUGAUGAUGUGUUUAAUAGAUAAUUUUAGCUAUAAUAACAAUUGAAAAGGAUCUCAUGGAGGAUACGAAAAUCUGAAAAAUAAUAGAUAAUUUUAAUUUAAACAAUAUAGAAAGAUAUUGCAUUUUGAAUAAUGUUAUUAUAAUCAUUUUAGUUUUAUUAUAGUUAAAGGUCGAUUUGCACCACGUCUAGAUUUUGAAAUAGGGCCUCCACGAUCUAGUAGACAACCCUGCACCCACCACUCGAUCAAUUUAGACUAUUUUCAUUUCUCCAUUCAAUUUUUUCCUAUAUCCAUUUUCUCUUCCUUCCAGAUUUACUUUCCUCCCUACUAGAGCUGGGAAUUCGGUCUUGGUUUCUUGGUCAAACUGGAAACGAGAUCGUUUAUUCCUGAUGUAAUCUUUUUCUGAACUUAAGUAUUUUUUAUUUACUAAUUUUUAAUUUUGAUAAAUUUGGGGGGGAAAUUAGGGCCACAUUUUAAAUUUUCGAACAGGGCCUCCAAAUAUCAUGGGACGGCCCUGACAUUAAUUGAUAUUUUUUUAUAUGAAUGUUGGACAUUUUUCAAAAUGAAGCACACAAAAAUUUAUUUGACUUCAUAUGCACCUCAUUAUUGAUUCUUGCUAGAGAUUUCUUGACUUCUCUACCUAUUCUUCUCCUAAGUAUCUUCCAAGUAAAUUGGAAGUCUCUUAUAGCAAAACUUUGACAAUAGCCAUAAUAGUUCCAACACUACAUACCAUAUUUGGUUAGUAUGUAAGAAUUUUGUUCAAUGACUUCUUCCUAUAUCUUCAUGGGUUAAUGUUUUUUAAUUUUUAAUGAAAGAUUCGAUCUACCACUGCUUAGGAUGCGUAAAAAGUUUGUGGAAUUAUGGUGGUUCGAGAAACAUAGUUUCCGAAAUUGUGAUUGAUUUGGGAGAAAAAAACUAUUGUAAAGAGUGGCGAAUGGCAACGACUAUAGUAUUUUUGACGAUACAUGUGCAUAAACUUUUGAACCUUAUAUAUAAGGUAAAUAAAUUAUAGCCAGUGACUCCAUCUUUCACUUUAACUAAAAUAUUGGUUGGUUCCUUUUUAUCAUGAAAAUUUUAAGUAGGAGUUGAAAAGAAGAUCAUUUUUCCCCUCAAAGGCAACUUCUACAAUUCGUCGCGACUACUAAAUUUUCUGUGAAACCGCAAAGUAUGAAACGAAAAAUGAUAAUUAGAGUUGAGAUUUCAGUCCUGUGGGGGAAAAUGUGAACAAACUAUCCCGAUUGUCAGCGCGACAUGGUAAAUGGAGAUGCGAGUUUCGGCUUGGAAAAAAAAGACAAUUUCAUUGGUUAUCGACGUAGUUGUUUUAGAUGGAUGGAAGAUGGAAUGGAUGUAACAUAUGUAUUUUACGCGAUGAAAAAUUGAGAUAGCAUUUUCCUAGAACUCUCUUGUUUUUUAAUUUACCAUUAUUUAGCAAUUUUAGAGUACAUUUUCGUCUGAAAAAGUGGUACUUGCAAUCUCUAUAUCAAAGUUAGGGGUGGGCGUUCGUUCGGUUUGAACCGAACCGAACUAGUACAUGCCGAAUUUCCGAAAUUACAUACAUCCCAAUCGAAUUCGAACCGAGCUAUAAUUCGGUUCGGUUCACCCGAACCGAAUUAUAGAUCGGUUCGGUCCGGUUUCAAGGGCCAAACCCGAAAUUCUAGAACCAACCAACCUUAUCUCCCCAAAGAAAAUCUCCACCACACAUUAUCCUUCCCCUCCUUUCACAACCUUAUCUCCGCUCUCUUCCUCAAACCCUCGAUCUCUGACUUCCAUCUCCAGUCUCUCCCUCGAUCUCUCCGUCGUUUUCUCCGACUCCCCCCAACUCUUACUCUACAAGCGUCACAUCUCCCUCUCAACUCGAUCAUCCUCUCCUCUCCCUCUCUCCCAGAAUCCCCCAACUCGACCGACGACCAUCGUCUCUUCUACCCGACUCCUCGACUCCGCCAUUCCCCCAACUCGACCGGCAACCAUAGUCUCUUCUCCCCGACUCCCCGAUUCCCCCAAUCUCGACCAUCAUCCUCUACCUAUCAGACCCAGAACACUCCAGGCCUGCACAAGUCCCGCCGCAUGCAAAACCAAGACUCAGAGUGUCUUCUUCACUUGUUGUUGGCAAAGCGAUUGAAGGGAGGCAAGUCGAAGAUGGCCGCUCAGGCCGCCACUGGUCACUGGAUUUGAUGAAGCAAAGUUUUGUGGUGGUUGGAGAAGGUUGGCAGGCGGACGGCAGUUGCUGAGAAGGUGAGAGGCGAGGGUUGAGUCAGAGACUAGAGGGGAGAGGGGAGAGGGUUGUGGGCUGUAGGAGUUAGGGUUUUGGUAGGGCUUAGUGGGUUAGGUUUCUUUUGGGCUAAGUGGGUUUCAUUUGGGCUUAGGGUGUUGGGGAAUAUGGAUGGAUGUUGGGCUUAUUUAGUAUAUUUUGGUUUUUCGGUCGGAAUUUUGGAAUCUCGGUUCGGUCAAAAAGUCCCUGUUUUCCGAACUAUCCAGAUUUCCCUUCCGAUUUCCGAACCGAAUAGUAGUAUUUUGGUUUCGGUUCGGUUGAGUUUGGUUUCGGUUUGGUUCGGUUUGGGUUUACCGAACUGGAUGCCCACCCCUAAUCAAAGUAGGGAUUCCGAUAAUUUCAUGAUAAACAAAAAUAUCUAUCACUUUCUUCUAUAUACCUAAUUUUUGUUGAAUAUCUUGAUUUCUUUCCACCGCGACUCCAUGUAGUUGGACAUAUCCUUCUAAGCGUAAACUCCACACUUGAAGUAAUGAGAGCUCCCUCCAUGAUCCGCUUCCUCAUAAACAAGAGCUCUGUCAACGUGAAAAGUCCCACUCCGCACACUGCUCAAAGCCCUUGAAACCGGUGAGAUUUUUGCUUUCAUUUGAACUACUGUAAAACCCGGCCCAUUGGCCAGGUAGCGUUCCCAUAUCAUUAUGUCAAUUGCUGGUAAUUGUCUCGUUGAGGGAUGACAAUCAAAACCAUGGUCGUGGGUACCCGACCGCCCCCGACCCAGUCAACGCGGGGAAUCCCCGCUUUGACCGGGUAUGGGGCGGGUAUGGGUAAAACCCGCAAAAAGUUUGAUGGGUAUGGGGCGGUAUGGUUUUGGCCUCCCCCACCCCAUACUCAUACCCAUACUCGCCCCACCAAGAGAAUUUCAUCACAUAUGAAAAAAAUAUGUGGAUUAAUAGUAAUCUAUCAAUGGUGACGAGGAUAACUCGAGUAAAUAAAUAGUAGAAAUGCAAUUGAGUGACCACUUUAAUCAAAAUCUCAUUUAUUUUUCUCAAUUCUCCUUUCACUCUUUCACUUUCCCCAUUGUCAACAAGAUUAUGUUAGUUGAUUAUUACUUAGUAGAUGUAUUAGAGUUAGAAGAUAAUAAUUUGAAAAAUAUUAUACUCUAUAUUAUGUAUUAAUGGAUGUUUUAGGAUCAUAUACUUGAACCUUAUUAAGAAAAUGAUUGUGUUUUGUUGACUUCAUGAUAUAAUAGGUUCAUUUAGAGUUAUAAUUAAAAAAAUUCUUGUAAGUUUUAGGUAUAUUAAUGUUGGAUGUACGGGUACGGGUAUUACCUAUGGGUACCCGAAACCCACGGCUAUGGGGAUGGAUUUGCAAAACAUUCCCCCGUAUGAGUAUGCGGCGGAUAUGAGUUUAGAUAUUUGAAGAUGGGAAUGAUUUAGACAAACUCACCCUAUUGCCAUCCCCAAUCUCGUUAGCUAAAAUUAUUAUAAAUUAUGAUUUCCUUUUGCAAAGACAUUUUACUUUCUUUUACCACCUGCCCCAAAAAAAAAACCCUACCCCGCCCUCUCACUUACUGAAUUUAUUUUAUUUCUUUUUCUUAAGUCGCUAGAAAGAAAAAGCAAAUUCAUAAAUCAAGCUAGAGAGUUGGAGCAACAAUAAACACUCACAUCCCACAUACAAAACAAUGAGUGAAAUCUCAGAGCUCAAAGGCAAAGGUCUAAAGUCUGGUCUAUGGGCUUCUAAGCCCAGUUCAGGUGGUCCAUGAAUAUAUCGACCCCAUUUGCAAAUAAUCAAAAUUACAGUAGGUGGUUGAUUGAUGUGGGUGGAUUGUAGAUUAUAAAUUUUCCUAUCCGCACUUCCUCGGGUUUAUAGAUUGCGGGUCACAUGAAUUACCUGCAGUAUAUUUUUACAUGACGAAAAAUUGUUUCUUGUUUACACUAUCAAAUAUUCAUUAUAUUUCUUAAUCAUACUAUACACUAAUCAUCGGCCAACUGCAAGUCUUACCAAAAGCGUCGACGACAACCCACUAGCUCUUUCCAGGACAAUAAUUGACUAAUUAAUUUUUUAAUAAAUAAACAGGUGGCAUUUAUAAGAUUGGCCGUGUGUACCACAUCACAAAUCCUACGCGGUACUCCUUGUGUAUCCAAUAAUUCCUCACCCGACAAUCUAACGCACCCAUUUGCCACCUGCGUUCAAUUCGAAAAAGAAUGUAAAUGGAUAGCGAAUCACAAUUCUACUAACUCACUAAUAAGCAAGUUGAUCAUUUUUAAAACAAAAUCAACUCAACCCACCCAUUGCCCUCCUCCAUCUAAACUGAGGUUUUUGUUCCUUUCAUUUCACAUCCAAAUAUCCAACUUCUUUCUCUCCACUUUUAUUUCAUUCUAGAAUGGGGCCCGACCGGUUGGCCAGGUGAUUUUUUAUCGUAGUUUGAGUAUGAGGUUGACAAUUCCACUUGAUUAAUUCAUAGAUAUAAAUUUUUCCAUAUGCUUUAUAGAGAUCAAGUGAGGACCUACACAAAUUGCUAACAUUUUAAUUAUAUCUUUUCCACAUGAUCUUAAUGUUAUCAAAGAUUAUGUUAUUUGUUGAGAAUUAAGAAUCAAAAUAUAAAAGUUCUCUAGGCUUAUCAUUGCUAGUUUCUACUUUCUUCAACAUAAUUAUUCACCAAAAAUCAUUUAGCUCCUAAAGUAGGCCUUAUUUGAGGACUCUUAAUAUAACAUACAAAUUUAC